AUGGCACUCUUAUUCAAUUUCAAGACAUUCGUAUUUGGUUUGUUUGUAUACUACGCUACUUAUUUGCACUACUAUAAAUGUCCAUCAUUAACCCCAAUUGUUGAAUUGGAAGAGAAAAUCUUGCAUCCAUUGACAAACCAACACUCGACAUUAUGUGAAUUGGUCAAUGGUGGGAUUGAUAGAGCAACACCAUACGUUAACAAAGUCCAUGGCUUUUUGGAUAAAAAUGUUCAUUCUCAUCCAUUGUUUAUUGAGUACAAGAUUGAAGAAUAUAUUCAAUGUGCAAAGAACAGAUGGACUACUUAUGUUUACCCAGUGGUUUACCAAUUGUACCAAUUUACUGAUGUUGCUGAGGCUCGUGUUUACGAUGAAGUUACUGCUAUCUACAAACAAGCUGAAGAAAUUGUUCAUGGUAAGUUGAAGCAAGAUUAA